GCAGAAUCACAGUGCACCCUCUGUGGCGAACCAGAAGAGGAAGAGGGCGGAGAUCUGGCCCAGCCAGGCAUCAGUUUUCCGGGGCCAGCAGACGAGGAACUAGACCAGCAGUACUCAUGGUCGCUGACUCAGCACUUCAAUGAGGAAAGAUACUCCCCUGCUCCUAGGAAUAUGAAAGGAUUAGCUGGGAGUCGAAAUCAACCACAGCUAUGUUCUGGUCACACGUGUGGCUUGACACCCCCUGAAGAUUGUGAGCAUCCUCACGAGCACCUGCACCAUGGGCAGGAAACACGGCAGUCCUACUUGCUCAGCCCCACGGACAGCUGCCCCAUGGACCACCAUCGCUGUUCACCCCGAAGUUCCAUUCAUUCCGAAUGCAUGAUGAUGCCCAUGGUGAUGGGCGAUCACAUGUCCAGUAGCACUUUUCCCAGAAUGCACUAUAGCUCGCAUUACGAUACAAGAGACGAUUGUGCCAUGUCUCAUGCCAGCACUAAAAUUAACCGAAUUCCAGCCAACCUCUUAGACCAGUUUGAGAAGCAGCUCCCUCUGCACAGAGACGGCUUCCAUACUUUACAAUACCAGAGGGCUUCGACUGCCGCCGAGCAGCGCAGCGAGAGCCCGGGCAGGAUACGGCACCUUGUCCAUUCUGUGCAAAAGCUCUUCACCAAGUCUCAUUCUUUGGAAGGUUCUUCCAAGAGUAAUGUCAAUGGGACCAAAGGGGACAGUAGAGUGGAGGAUCACCACCACAGCCACCACUCGAAACACAGUAAGCGGAGUAAGAGCAAGGAGCGGAAACCUGAAAGCAAGCAUAAAUCUGGCAUGAGUAGUUGGUGGAGUUCGGAUGACAAUUUGGACAGUGAUAGCACUUACCGAACACCUAGUGUGGUGAACAGGCACCACGUAGAUCACAUCUCCCAUUGCUACCCUGAAACUCUCCAAGGCCCUUUCGGAGACCUCUCACUGAAGACCUCCAAAAGUAACAAUGACGUCAAGUGUUCUGCUUGUGAAGGAUUAGCCAUGACCCCGGAUGCAAAGUACAUGAAAAGGAGUUCCUGGUCCACUCUUACAGUAAGCCAGGCCAAGGAAGCCUACCGCAAGAGCUCCCUCAACUUAGAUAAGCCUCUGGUCCAUCAGGAAAUCAAGCCUUCCUUGAGGCCAUGCCAUUACCUUCAGGUGCCUCAAGAUGAAUGGGGAGGGUACCCAACUGGUGGUAAAGAUGAGGAGAUACCGUGCAGGAGAAUGAGAAGUGGGAGUUAUAUUAAAGCCAUGGGAGAUGAGGAGAGUGGAGAAUCGGACUCUAGCCCCAAAACAUCACCCAAGGUAGCAAUUCGACCAGAGUCCUUGUUAAAAUCCAUUGGACAGAGGCCACUUGGAGAUCACCAAACCCAAAGCUACCUGCAAGCUGCAAGCGAUGUGCCUGGUGGUCACAACUUGGACCCCUCUGCCAACUACAACUCCCCAAAAUUUCGCUCCCGGAACCAGAGCUACAUGAGAGCUGUCAGCACGCUGAGUCAGGCCAGCUGUGUGAGCCAGAUGAGUGAAGCUGAGAUCAAUGGGCAGUUUGAAUCGGUGUGUGAAUCCGUCUUUAGUGAAGUUGAAUCUCAGGCCAUGGAUGCCCUUGACCUCCCUGGAUGUUUCCGAACAAGAAGUCACAGUUACCUUCGGGCUAUUCAAGCUGGUUACUCCCAAGAUGAUGAAUGUAUUCCUGCAAUGACGUCCUCCAACAUCACCUCAACCAUCAGGUCAACAGCAGCUGUAUCAUAUACAAAUUACAAAAAAACACCCCCACCGGUACCCCCUCGGACCACCUCCAAGCCGCUGAUUUCAGUGACCGCCCAGAGCAGCACUGAGUCCACCCAGGAUGCCUAUCACGACAGCCGGACGCAGAGGAUCUCCCCGUGGCCCCAAGAGGGCCGCGGCCUCUACAACUCUACCGACAGUCUGGACAGUCACAAGGCCAUGAAUCUUGCUCUAGAAACUGCCGCUGCUCAGCGCCACGCCUCUGAAAGCCAGGGCAGCUCUGCGAGGGCUGGUGACAAGGGCAUCUUAGCGUCCAAAGGCGAGGACUUCCUCGGCAGCCGGCGUUCCUCCAUAGGGAUCCAGGAUUCUGAAUUCCCAGAGCAUCAGCCAUGCCCAAGGUCAGAUGUGGAAACAGCUACAGACUCGGACACCGAGAGCCGAGGCCUACGGGAAUAUCACUCGGUGGGCGUGCAAGUAGAAGAUGGAAAGCGGCACGGCCGUUUCAAACGUUCCAAUAGUGUGACUGCGGCUGUGCAAGCCGACUUGGAACUAGAGGGCUUCCCAGGACGCAUCACCAUGGAGGACAAAGGGCUCCAGUUUGGCUCAUCCUUCCAGCGCCACUCGGAACCGAGCACUCCGACCCAGCAUGGGGUGGUAAGGACUGUACGGACCCAGGGACUCUUCAGCUAUAGAGAAGACUAUAGGACCCAAGUUGAUGCUUCGAACCUCCCCCCUCCUGACCCUUGGCUGGAGCCAUCUGUUGAGACCGUAGAAACUGGAAGAAUGUCUCCAUGUCGCAGGGAUGGGUCAUGGUUUUUGAAACUUCUGCACACAGAGACGAAGAGAAUGGAAGGCUGGUGUAAAGAGAUGGAAAGGGAAGCAGAGGAAAAUGAUCUCUCAGAAGAAAUUCUCGGUAAAAUCAGGAGUGCUGUUGGAAGUGCCCAACUUCUUAUGUCCCAGAAAUUCCAGCAAUUUUAUUGGCUUUGCCAACAGAAUAUGGAUCCCAGUGCCAUGCCAAGGCCUACUUCCCAGGACCUCGCAGGGUACUGGGAUAUGUUGCAGCUUUCCGUCGAGGAUGUCAGCAUGAAGUUUGAUGAGCUGCACCAGUUGAAGCUCAAUGACUGGAAGAUAAUAGAGUCACCUGAAAGAAAGGAAGAGAGAAAGGUCCCCCCUCCAAUACCAAAGAAGCCCCCCAAAGGGAAAUUUCCUAUUACAAGAGAAAAGUCCCUCGACCUGCCCGACAGACAACGUCAAGAAGCUCGAAGACGCCUCAUGGCUGCUAAGAGGGCAGCAUCCUUCCGACAGAAUUCCGCCACCGAGCGGGCUGACAGCAUAGAGAUCUACAUCCCGGAGGCCCAGACCAGACUUUAAGGACAGAAUGCUGCAACUUUUACCAUUUUUUCUUCCUUUUUAACAAGAUCCUUGUACAGUUUGUCACUUCCCCGGUAAUUUUUGUCUCACUUUCUCCACUGGCGAGGCCUGUGCUGUUGCGUUCCGUGUACCAUAGACACAGUGGAAUGCUUUUGGUUGCCUCAGUGUGCUGAGCUCCUUGCAAGAAUGACUUCUCUAUCUUUUUCUUUCCUUUCUUUCUUUCUAAUUGAUGGUCUGACUUACAAUCAGCUAUGUUGGAUAGGCUUGGAAAGACCUAACUUAUCCACCUUGUUCUCAGAGGACAACAAGAAACACCUCUUGAGAUGGAACCCAAUUUACAUUUUGUUAUUUAUAUUUUUAUAAAUUGUGUGAAAAUUAGAGACACGAAUAACAAAUAACUAUAACUGGGUGCAUCUCACCACUCACUAGAGGCAUUAGAUAACCCAAGUGGAAGGUGCUACAACUAGAAGUGCAGGAAAGCGAGAACCCAUUUCCCCCUUUACCCUCCGGCGACUUUUCCUCAAGUCCUGUAGCUUCAUCCACCUACUUGUCGGAUCCACCUUCUAGUUCUCUUUGUCACCAGGGGAACACCUUAGGCUUGUUAAGUCAAGUACGUGAUGAUCAAGAGUGAUCUCGCCAGUCACCACAACACCCUAUGGCCUGGCUCACCCCAGUCCCAGGAGAUGAUUAGCCUGAACGGAUUAAAAAUGUCUAGCACAGAAUCAACACAUUCAAAACAUCAGUUGAAUCUCAUACAAGGGAGUGAUGGGUGGAAAGAGACUGGUGUCUUAAAAAAGGCUUGCUCUUCUGUAGCAGGAGUAUAA